AUGUCGACUGAGUUCCAUAACCUACAGGAGUUGAGACACAGUGUGUCUGUAGCCACCAAGGUUUUCAUCCAGAGAGACUACAGCCAAGGGACUACCUGUCGCUUCCAGACUAAGUUCCCCUCUGAGCUGGACAGCAGGAUUGAGCGGACCCUGUUGGAAGACACAGUGAAGACGUUGAACAGCUACUAUGCAGAGGCAGAGAAGAUGGGAGGCCAGUCCUACAUGGAGGGAUGUCUGGCGUGCGCUACAGCCUACCUCAUCUUCCUCUGUAUGGAGACACGUUAUGAGAAGAUGUUGAAGAAGAUCUCAGGGUACAUCCAGGAGCAGAAUGAGAAGAUCUACGCCCCCAGAGGUCUAUUACUGACAGACCCUAUAGAGAGAGGCAUGAGAGUCAUCGAGGUGAGUGUGUUUGAGGACCGCGGCUCGAGCGGCUCUAGCCACAGCAGCAGUGUGUCGUCUGGUGGCAUCAGCCAGCGGUGACUGGAGGAUCAGCACCAGGGAUAUGGGUAUCACCACAGAAGCGGCAGAUCUUUCACCAACAUCCGCAUGCUGAAACAAGAGAGCACCCGCUUCUGAUUAUAGAUGUAUAUCAAUGUAAUCAAUAUACUAUCUCUAGUUUAGAGUAUAGAUGCAUAUCUAAUCAAUAUACUGUCUCUAGUUCUAAGUAUAGAUGCAUAUGUCAUACAGGAAGUAAACAUUGAUUGUAUAUACUAUCUGUAGAUGUGUGCCAGGGAGACUAAAGAGAGAGGCCAGGAUGAGGCUACUGAAGAACAGGAGCAGACAUGGAAACACACAUCUUUGAGUAUCUGAUGGUUAGACUCAUGUUUCUGCAGACUACUCAUUCAGCAGAAUGUCAUUCUGCUGUGUCACCAUUCCCUGUGUUUCCAUGACUUCAAUUGGAACUAUUAUGCCAUAGCCAAUACAGAUGUAGGAUCUUAAUUUGAUCAACCUGUUCCAGGAUAACUUUCCUGCUAAGCAGGAAAUGUAAAAUGUGUAGUGUAUUUGAGGUUUAAAAAGGCUUCUGAAGUCUGUAAUUUCCAAAAUGUUAACGUGUCAAUUUCCACUUAAAAAAUGGAUCAACCCCUACAAAUAUGUGAAUGAAUUAUAAUCCACAAAG